CUCUGAUUGGGUAGUUGUUGUGUCUGUCGCGUUUGAAUUGCGAAUGGAGAAAAUUUGAAGAAGCUGCAGGAGAGCAGAUCGGGGGCGUGUGUGGGAGACGGGCGAUGGUCCCCCUGAAGCGCAGACGGAAGGACGGAGGCGCGGUCGCAGGGUUCGAGGCGCCGGCCCCCGUGAACCGCUUCCCCGGCGUUGAGGUCUUUCUCCUGGAGCGCAGGAUGGGGUCGAGCCGGCGAGCUUUCCUCACGCAGCUGGCGCGGAGAAAGGGGUUCAAGGUGCAGGACACGCUCGGUGACAGUGUGACUCACCUGGUGUCAGAGAGUAACUCUGGGGACGAAGUGUGGGAGUGGCUGGACAGACAGACAGGGGGACAGACACCCAGCUCGCUGUCCCUGCUGGACAUCAGCUGGUUCACGGACAGCAUGGAGACAGGCAGGCCAGUGGAAAUCCUGGACAGACACCGUCUACAGGUGUCUGCACCCCGCUCCGAUCCAGGGGAGCACCGAAUUUCUGCGUACGCCUGUCAGAGGAGGACCCCCCUGGACCACCGCAACAAGAUCUUCACUGAUGCCUUGGAGGUCCUGGCUGAGAACGCGGAAUUCUCAGAGAGCGAGGGGCGUGGCCUGGCGUUCCGGAGGGCGGGGUCUGUCCUGCGGUCCCUCCCAUUCUCCGUGUCCAGGAUGGAGGAUCUGAGGGGGGCGCCCUGCCUCGGGGAACACUCCCGAAAAAUCAUCCAGGAGAUUCUGGAAGACGGGGUGUCAGGGGAGGUGGAGGGGGUCCUCCGUUCUGAGCGUUACCGAGCCAUGAAGGCGUUGACUGGUAUCUUUGGGGUGGGGGUGAAGACAGCUGACCGCUGGGCGAGGGAGGGGCUUCGGACUCCCGGUGACCUCUUGACCUCUGGGCACCGACUGUCGAGAGAGCAGGAAGCAGGGGUGCGGUACUAUGAGGACCUAAACUGCUCGGUAACAAGGGCUGAGGCUGACACCAUUGGUGAGAUUGUGAAGGAGGCGGUCCACAGCAUCCUGCCUGGGGCUCGGGUCACACUGACUGGAGGGUUCCGGAGGGGGAAGGAGGCGGGGCACGAUGUGGACCUCCUGAUCACACACCCAGAGGAGGGGAAAGAGGAGGGGCUUCUGGGCAAGCUCACCAGCUGGUUGGACAGCCAGGGCGUGCUGCUGUACCAGCGUGUGAGUGAAGGCUCUGAGGGGCAGGGGAGGGAGGCUGGCCCCAUGGAUCACUUCAACCGGAGUUUCUCCAUCCUCAAACUGGGAGAGCAGCCAGGAGCCCCGCCCGGGGACCCCCAGCCGGGGGCCUCGAGUGCCGGCCCAGCCCAGGAAGCAAGGGCCCAGGGGAGGGGGUGGAGGGCGGUGCGAGUGGAUUUGGUGAUCUGUCCCUACAGCCAGUUUGCGUACGCCCUGCUUGGCUGGACCGGGUCGCAGCAGUUUGAGAGAGACCUGCGUCGCUUCGCCAGCCAGGAGCGAGACAUGAGUCUGAACAGCCAUGGGCUGUACCAGCGAGAGCGGGUGAGGAACCCCCUCCCCCCCACUACACACCCAUGUGGUGGACCUGUGUACCAGCAUGGUCACAUCCCCCCUACCAGGGAGAGGCUGAGCGCUGCGCUGUUAACCCCUCGCUCCCCGGGUAUCAAGCACAGGGGCGAGGUGAAGAACCUGGGAACGAGCUGUCCCGCAGGGGGACUGCGCGCCUCCUGGGGAACUAAUUUAAUGAUUGACCCAGAUAUCUGUGGAGAGAGGGGGGCAGUGGAGGAGAAGGGGGCAGAGAGGGGCAAGGGAGAGAUAGAGAGAGGCCAGGGGGAGGAGGGGGAAGGGGGUGUUAAGUGA